GCUAGGACCCCCGAGAGGACCCCUAUAUCCCAAGCAUGCAUAGGCGGCCCGAUAGUUGCCUACUCGGAUUCACUCAUUGCUCAAUUUGCUCCGCACUCCGGCGCAGUGCAAUCACCCUAAUUAUUUUAAGGCCGAUAAUAGCACUAGUUCGUCAUUGCGCGAAAAGUGUGGGAGGGGAGGGGGACACACACACAAAACACGCGGUAACAGCCGCACUACAUUUCUCCGCGGUGUUCUCUAAAGUUGCGGAAGUAAGUUCGGGUGUCAGAGAGCACGUGGGCGUGCCACGAGGUGUUGGCUCUGUCGCUCGCCACCGGACACUUUUCAAUCGCCCCCGAAUCGCUUCCCUCGCAGUCUGGUUGGUGCCGGCUUCGGUUCCCUGAUCCCCGCUGGAAUCCCGAAAGAACCCCCCCUCCCCCCCAAAGAUCAACGCAAGUUCUGCUCGAGUUUAUUUUAAAGCGCGAAAAGCCCGGGGCGUCGUUUUAUUGCCCUCCAGCUCCGUGUGGUCUUAAUCACGGAAGCCGGGCCGCUUAGCCCCCCUUUUUAUUUAGAAUCCAAGAAGCCUCCUUCGAAGACCGGACCUCGCACCCACGGAAGGCGGACGACACCAGUGACCUGAGCCCUGAAGCCUGACCUUCGACCACACGGCCCCCUCCGAAGCCAGAACUCCGAAACAUUGCACGCGUAAGCCAGCACCCCCUCCCCCCCGAAGCGGAAAACAACAGCAGCAGCAGACGUCGAAUCGGAUGUCUUCGAGUCCUCCCCGCAAGCCGAAACGAAGGCCCAAAAUCGGACCCCGCAUCCAGGAGAUCGUCGACGGUCCGACGCUCGAUUGGGAAUUCCAGGACUCCCCAUAACUCUCCCCUCCCUCUUCCCAGCAGCAGGAGCAUGCUGGGCAUGCAGCGAUGACUGCUCGCGCGCUGCUGGCGCUGGCGAUUUUCCCGUCCCUGUGGAACCCCGCGGCGGGUGGCGAAACGACCCCGGGAGCUCCUCACUCCACGUGGGCCUGGACCGACCCCGCUGUGUGGUCCGGAGCCGUGGCCUCUUGGUUCAAUGCCGUGCCCCAGAAUGGCGUCGUCUACAGCCGCCUCUACUGCGGGGCGCGGGACUGCGUGGACAUGGACGAGAGACGCUGCCAGAUUCGCGGACACAACAUCACGGUCGAGGUCCUGGCGGACAAUGAAUUGCGAACCUCGCCGUCGGAGACCUACCCCAGCUUCCUGCCGGCACCCAGCCUUCGUACCCUGCUCGGCUGCCUGGACCACGACUGCCGCAUCAAGUCCGACCUGCCAGGCCUGCGGCGUGAGCUGCACCGCAGGCUCCACGGGCAGCACCUCGCGCGCAGCUCGCUCGAGAGGGCAGCGUGGCGAUUCUCGCUGGCGCGCAGGGACGGCACGAACGUCGGGCCCCGGCUGCUGAUGCUGUUCGGUGGCAGCGGCACAGGGAAGUCGCACGCGGCUCGCACCCUCGCUCGGCACCUUUACAGCGACGGCAUGAGCAGCCAGUGCGUGCACGCGAUAGUGCCCAGCCUGCUGCUCUCGGGGACGGAGGAUCGCCACGCACACCGGGAAAGACUUGAGACUCUGCUGUUGGAGGGGGUGCAAGUCUGCGAACAUUCGCUCUUCAUCGUGGACUCGGUGGAGGAGCUGUCUGUGGGGCUGUUGGACGAUCUGCUGUUGCACAUUCUGGAUACCCCACAGAGCGCCUACAAAAAGGCCUUGUUCAUCUUCAUAAGCAGUAACAUCGGGACGUCGUUGAUUAAUACGCGGACACUGGAGGUGCUGCAGAGUGGAAGGGGCCGUGCGGAGAUAACGAUGGAAGAGCUGCCGGACAAGCUAAGGCAGACGAUGCGACAGCACCUCGGUGACGACGCGAAGAGCUUGCCGCUGCUCCGGCUCGUGACGCCGGUGGUCUUCCUGCCGCUGGAGCCGCGUCACGUGCAGCUGUGCGUGUGCGACGAGUUCCUGGCGCGCGGGCGUCACCCGAGUCCCGACCUCGUGUGGCGCCUCGCCUCCUCGCUCGCCUACUGGCCGCAGGGCGAGGGCCUCCUCGCCGUCGCCGGCUGUAAGCACGUGGCCCAGCGGGCGGCGCUGUUCAUGCACCAAUGACCCCACCCCACCACUCCCCGCCUCGUCGCUGUUACCUCUUCUCCAACAACUUCAUCGACUGAUGUUGCUGUUGUUGCUUAGUCAAUCUCUUUGACCGGUCGAGAGCUCCGCGACGGACGAUGAGUGUUCUGCAAAUCAGGAUUGGGAUUUUAAACUGGGGCUAAAUGACCCCCAUCGCCGCUACUUCACGUCACUGAUUCUCCGUUCAACCAAAGGCACGCACCGUAAAGAUGAAAAACAAGUGUAAGCAGCAAUAGGACUCUUCGAUCGUAACGGUCGCACUGUCAGAGUAGACUCGUCACCACCGGGAACGGCAGCUCAAAAAAUAAAUCUCUCUCCUGCCACCAUCGCUGUUAUUCUGCAGCGCCUUCAACCAGUCGAGAACUCGGAAGAGCAACGCGUGUUCUGCAAGUUGGAUGCAGGACGUGAGAUUUGAACUUGGGUGAAAUUGCAUGUGCAUUGCAUCGCUACGACACAGUGUCUCCAAUUCUCUGAUGAACCAACACUUUGUGAGGACGAACAACUGGAGCAGAGAAAAUAGCAUUCAGAACACCCGAGGUGUUCGAAUAAAAUUUGCUCUUGACUGAUUAAUUACUGUGAUCUACCAGUGGCAGAGCUGCAUAACUCUAUGGAGAAAGUCUCACUGCUGCUGUUAUGGCUAUGAGCACUCUAAAGUUGAAAGGUACAUCUCUUUCAUUGAGGCUUGAAUGUUUUUGGUAAAUCGCAUGCUAAAACUUGAAUCAAUCACUGUGAUUACUUGGUGCAUAAGGGUAUCGUAGUUUAUACACUUGCAAUGCAACAAGACGCCUCUGUGGCAAGAUGUUAACUACCUCGCCUGGUUAUACAGGAAGUCGUGGGUUCGACGCCUGCUGUAUAUUUGGAGUUUGCAUGUCGUGUGGAUUUUUCUCCGCGUCCCUCCGCUUUUUCCUUCCACAUUUAGAAACAUGUGUUUAGAGUAUUUGGCUGCUAUAAAUUUCCACAAGCCAGUUCUUUGAGCGAUCAUUUGUGGCCAGGUCUCUUUUGAAAAAGCUUUAUAGCUCAAUGGGCCUUACCUGGUAAAGUAAAAUGUUUAAUAGUUUAGUUUUUAGUUUAAAGGCAAGUUAAUAUACUUUAAUGGAAAGUUGAUGUUUCUGGUUAACUUGAAAGCGAUGGGUAACAAUGAAUUUGAGGAAAUGAUAUCUUUCGCGUACAUUUAUUCAUUGUAAUACCAUAGAAGGAUAAAAACAAAUGAAAUAACAAUCCGUUUCGCAACAAAUUGCUAGAUAAAAUUGCUCUAAUUUGUUUCGACAGUUCUUGAAAGUCUGUGGGAUAGCCUCUUGGUGAGAAUUGCCAUUGUUUCAUCAGCUGUUCUGCUUACCCUUGCAUGGCCAGAGAGGAAGUGGUCAGUGGCCCAGAGGUCUGGGUCAGAGCGCCGCUAGGAUUCUGAGUUCGAUUCCAUGAAACCGCCUGUGAUUAAACAUGGGUACUUGAUUCAAAUGAAUUGAUGGUUUCAGGCUGGGCACGUAUGAUUCCACACCAACCACAAUAAAGAUCACACUACGUUUGGA